GCGCUCUCUUCUCUCCAAAAUGUCCGUCACUCAUGGGCUUUUUUUUUCAGUUAGAAACGGGAUUGAAGGAGCGCGAUCUGUGCUUGGAAUUAAAAGACAUGUCCUCCCUCCCUUCAAAUAGUAUCUCCGUGUUUAGCCAUUUUUCUGCUUCCACUCAUGAGUCUCUUUUUCUCUGUGUGCCAUAGACGCAUCAGAUUCAUCACGUUGCAAUCACCUGUGAAGAAAUCAUCUCCCAUGAGUGGUACGCUGGGGAGCAACCGUGGUGCAGCUCAAGCACCAGUUGCGGCAGACAGAACGACUUUCAAGCUAGUUGCUCGGCCAUUCAACCAGGGCCCGGAGGAGAACGGCAAGCCCAGGUCGGUAUCAGAUCCGAGCCCGGACGUCCUCGGCGAGUGUUGUGUUGUUGACCUAAGUGCUCAGUGUCUCACGCCGUCCACCGGUUCGAUUCUGAGAAAUAAGGCCGGCAACACCAUCGGCGCCACUAUUAAGCCCGAGUUUAAUAUAGCGCGGAAUGCCGAUCUCUGGCUCGGCGUUGAUAAAUAA